GCUUUUAUAGGCACUCCGACGGAGAGUGCCGGAAGGGGGCCGAGGGAACGGAAUAAAUAACGUUUAUGGGUUGCGCAGUGCGUUGAGACAUAAGUCGGGAUGCCUUCAGCAGCGCUGCAAUCAAGGAUCAAAGCUUUCGAGUCUUUCGCUGACCAGAAGUCAACAAAGUCGACCUCAAAGGUAGUCUUACAGGCGAAAUAUCCUCCAUCGACCAACCUCCUUGAAUCACCUAUCUCACCUACCUCGGACUCCUUCUAUCCAAUUGCACCAUUUACACCUCAAAAGUCUUUGAGCAGGUCACCGUCACCGUCGCCUCCCAAUCUAGGUCGUAGAACUUCAUUAAUCGACCUGAAAGACUGGAUUGUAGACGAUGGUCCAAACACCGCACCGUCACACCACAACGGUAGACAUCUCAAAGGCUUCCCGUGUCUCAGUAAAACACCCCUACCGAUAGCUAACAAACCUGCUGUUGUCCGUUCAGCACCGAUAUCUUCAGCGCCACUCAUUAACUUCGAGCUACCUCCUAAGUCACGGCUACCCCUCCCACCACGUAAACCUUCAUACACGUUAACAGACGCCUCAAUUUCCAAUAGUUCUGUCCCUGACAGUAGUGCUACUCUUCGACCCCCAGGGCGCUCAGACUCCCUUACCGUAGAGCACACUUACCCCCCACCUCGGCCACAUGCUUUUGGUUCGGCUCGCGUAGGCCACGCGCCUGCUUCUUCCAUUUCAUUCAGUAUCGCUUUCUGAUGGAAACGACCUGAAACAAACGAGUCCAAUACUGUCCCGAAGGGGACAUGCAGCGAGGUGAGUGAUACAUAGGGUAUGAAUUAGGCAUUGGAUAGCAUCAAAGUGAGUAUAAGAUGCGACGUAGAGUGAAGUGGAUGACGUCCAGCCAUGAAUCACAAGGCCUCUGACAUGUCCGGAACUGAGCUCAGUAUGGGUGUAUUUUCUUUUUUCUAUGUUUUCUUAGGAUGUUUAUCUGCAUCAUGAUCAUCGAUGGCUUGUUG